AUGGAUUUUAAUUUUUCAGCCUUCAAAAACAACUUGAAAUCAUUUGGCGACAAGGUCAGCAUCGAGUUCAACAAUGAAGUCUUACCCUUUGCGCAGAGAACCACUCGCUUAGUUCAGGAGAGAAUGGGCAAUGUUAACGUGGAUGAAAUUAGCCAGUUGCCAUCCGAAUACGUUGAGCUAGCCAACAGAUGCAACAAUGUAGAAAAGCUUUACAAGAACAUCUUGAAAGUAACGCAAAAUUACGAGAACGAGUCGUACGAUUACCCGAUUAAUUUGCAAGAAUCGUUCACUGAAUUUGGCAAGAAUAUUUCUGACAGGUUCUCCAACCUAUCCAAAGCAACUACUCCCGCAGAGGCACAAGCGGCUUUGGUUACCCCAAAUGGCGAGUUCAAACCACCAAAGACUAUGUAUCACGCUCUUGCACGGGCCACUGACGGGUCCAUCUUAACGGCUUCUGCAGACGCCAACCAAGACCCUUUGAUCAAAGCAUUAGACUUGUACUCCUCCAACUUGAGCAAAAUUGCCAAUGCCAGAUUAGGUCAGGACCAACUAAUCAAAACAAAGUUCAACGCACCUUUGUCCACAACUUUACGUUCGCUUCUUGGUCAAAGCUCCUCGAUUCAAAAAAGAGUGGAAGAGAAAAGAAUCAACUACGAUGUUUCCAGACAGGCAUUAGCCAGCUGUUCCAACCCGUCAAAAGAGCCGCAAUUGAGAGUAUCUAUGGAGAAUGCCGAAGAUGACUUUGCUAACACGGUUGAAGACGCGCUCUCCGUGAUGCAGAAUGUGUUAGAACAAGCCAAACCAAUUGAGGAAAUCUUAGAACUUGUUAAGGCGCAAUUGGCUUAUCACAAAUUAGCCAGCGAGUUGCUCGGUGGCAUGAUUGGUGAUAUCGAAGGUUUAGCUGAUGAAAAUUCAAAGUUGCAGGGCAGCCAGCUGAGCCAGCGUAACUCUGAGUCUGGAGACUUCGAUAUCUAG